AUAAGCGUUUUUAGUACCCAUGCUGAGGAACAGUACAACAGACUUAGCAACAGGUCACGGGACAGACGAGGAAGUGAGAGAAGAAGUAGGAACAUAAACCACUCAGGAGCCACAAAACAUGAAAGCCGCUUACGUUGUUUUCAUCGUUGUCAUCGUGUCAGCCGUUGACACAGUCAUCGCAGCCUGCACCUUUCCCAGAAAUGUGGUGGGCGAGUGGGUAUACAAGACAUACACACCGAGGAUACCCGAUAAUGUCGGAACUCUGUCGGUUAAUGAGACUACCAUGUCCCUUUUCGACACAUCGGGCAGUCUCUUCAUGCAGAUUGACUGUGAAAAUGGGCCAAAUGGUGACGGCAUUUACACCACUCGUCUGUUCGUGAACGCAACAGGAUCACUUAGAUACCGCUGCAUUGUUAUUGAACAGAGAGACAGCACUUUUACGCGACUUGACUUAGGUAGAGACUCUCCACUUCUCGCCAGUCUUGACUGUUCUUCGCUGGGAAAUGUCGGCACGAAUGUUGGACUGUUUCAAAUAAAUCCAGUCGCAAAGACGUACCCAAUUCAAGGAGUUUUUGAGAUGACCUACAACGAGAAUGGCAUACUGUGUUAUGAUCCGGUGUCAGCAGUCGACGCAUGCAAGGAUCCUACAGUGAUGAACAUUUCUUACAGUGCAUGCCCAAAGGCAAACAAAGUUGCCCAACAAAGCCAGUAUCAGUGUGUGGCAAACUGGACAAGUGACUCGGCAAACAAGGGCUACUUGUUGACUAUGGAGCGUAGUGUGUCAGCCGACAACAUUCCUGACUACCAUUGUUUUGUCUAUGAUGUAGGGAAUUUGGGGGACACCGGAGAACUGUACUUGUCGAAAGCAGGAAAUCCACCGUGGCUCUGUAAGGCUUCUCAGGAAGAGGCUUCGUCAGAUGACGGAGCUGUCGCAAUGAGGCUCACCAAACGGCAAGACUGCAAUAACGGCUCCCUAGCAGCUUGGAGCCUUGGACUUAUCAUCUCCAUGUGUAUUUCGAGUUUGUUUAAUGCAGUCUACUAAAUGAUAAUAUUGGCUUCUUACUUGUCGUUCUCAUCACUCGUUCCUUGUAUCGUAUAGAUUUUAAUUCAGCUAGGAAACUUUGAAUGAAACAAUCCUCUACAUGGGAAAUUUAGAAUCAAAGAUCGUCUUUGUUGGUAGAAUCAAUAGCUGUACAGUUUCGAGCUUUGUUUCAAAACAAUGGAAGCAAUAACCAUGACCUUUUUUCGCCUUUUGACUACAGAUUGUGUCAUGUGUAGCAACAUCGUACUUGUACAUGCUCAGAUGGAAUUAUAGUACGGAAGCAACAUCAACGGUUUAAGUUGAAAUAGUUCGUUUAGCUUGAUGCCAGCAACACGAGUGUUUUAAGUAAAGUAAACAAGGACGUCAAACCAUGUUUGUGGUGAUAUGCACGAAAUUAUUUAGACGAAAACAUUUCAGUCUGCUUUUAUCUCCAAGAUCUGGACAUUGAUUGUGAUAAAUUGUGAAUAAAAUCAGGUGUGCUGAAACUC